GCGUCUGUGAUUCGCCUGAAGAAAGGUUUGUGUUUUAAGUUUUAAACCGAGUUAUUGUAUAGUACGUACAAACUAUGUACAUGAAGUAAUUAUUACAUUAUUAUGAUGGCGUUUAUUAAAGAGGAGAGUGAAGACACCAGGAUUGAUGAAGCGUUCAAACAUGAAGAGACAGACAUGAUGCUGCUGAAAGAGGAACAUGAAGUACUGAAUCAAAUAGAAGAGAAAGUUCAAAAUAAGAAUCAUUUCAAAACUGGAGGAAACUCUUUUAGGUGCUCACAGACUGAAAAGACUUCCUCACGAGAAACAGCUCAGAAGACACUAACUAGGGGUUAUUUCACCUGUUUUGAGUGUGGGAUGAAUUUCAUUCACCCUGAAAGCCUUAGACUCCACAUGGGAAUCCACAAUGGAGAGAAUCCUUACACCUGCCAACAUUGUGGACAGGGUUUCAGUGAACAUGAAAGCCUUAGAGCCCAUAUGGAAAUCCACGAUGAAGAGAAGGGUUUCACCUGCCAACAGUGUGGAAAGAGUUUCAGUGAACAUGAGAGCCUUCGAGAACACAUGAGAAUCCACAAUGAAGAGGAUCCUUACACCUGCCAACAGUGUGGAAAGAGUUAUGCUCAAACUGCAAGCCUGAAAGUACACAUGAGAAUUCACACUGGAGAGAGAGAUUUUACCUGCCAAGAGUGUGGAAAGAGUUUCAUUCGAAAACAAACCCUUGAAAAUCACAUGAUGGUUCACACUGGACCGAAGCCUUUUGCAUGCCAACAGUGUGGAAAGAGUUUCUUAACAGAACUAAACCUGAAGUAUCACAUGAACAAACACACUGGAGAGAAGCCGUUUAAAUGCGAUCAGUGUGGAAAGAGAUUUCUUCGUAAAACAAGCCUUAAUAACCACUUGAAGAUUCACUCGGAAGAGAACUGCUUUGCAUGCCAACAGUGCGGAAGACGUUUCGCUGACAAAGCACAUCUUAAAAUCCACAUGAGACUUCACACUGGAGAGAAGCCUUACCCUUGCACUCAGUGCGGAAAGAGUUUCACAUAUAAAAAAGCUCUUGAGUCCCACAUGAUAAGUCACACUGGAAAGAGCCGUUUCACCUGCAAACUGUGCGGGAAGGUCUUCACAAACAAGGUUGGCCUCAUGUAUCACAUGAACCUUCACACCGGAGAGAAGCCAUUCUCCUGCGAUCAGUGUGGAAAGAGUUUCAUUUGUAAAACAAGCCUCAAUAACCACUUGAAGAUUCACUCGGGAGAGAACUGUUUAGUAUGCCAACAGUGCGGAAGAAGUUUCACUGAAAAACGAAGUCUUAAAAUCCACAUGAGACUUCACACUGGAGAGAAGCCUUACUCGUGCAUUCAGUGCGGAAAGAGUUUCACAUAUAAAACAGCUCUUGACUCCCACAUGAGACUUCACACUGGAGAGAAGCCUUACUCGUGCAUUCAGUGCGGAAAGAGUUUCACAUAUAAAACAGCUCUUGACUCCCACAUGAGACUUCACACUGGAGAGAAGCCUUACUCGUGCAUUCAGUGCGGAAAGAGUUUCACGUAUAAAACGGCUCUUGACUCCCAUAUGGUAAGUCACACUGGAAAGAGCCCUUUCACCUGCAAACUGUGUGGGAAGGUCUUCGCAUGCAAAGUCAGCCUCAUGUAUCACAUAAACGUUCACACCGGAGAGAAGCCGUUCUCCUGCGAUCAGUGUGGAAAGAGUUUCGCAGGUAAAGGUACCCUUGAGAGACACAUGAGGAUUCACUCGAAAGAGAAGAAGUUUUAUAUGUAACGAGUGCCAUAAAAUGAUUGGCCUUAGGAGGCAUAGGAAAAUUCACUCCCGAGUGAAACCUCUCA